AUGUUCGAAGCUUUAUGCCCUUACUGUCAAAGAUAUAUAGCUAAUAAUCUUGGCUCUUUACUAUAUAAAUUUGGAAACCAAACAAUUUUGGAAUUGGUUCCUUGGGGAAAUAGUCUUUUGCUAAGAAAUGGAAAAAUAUCUUGUAAUCACGGCCCUAAGGAAUGUGAUGCAAACCGUUUACUUUCUUGUGUAAUUAGUGAAGUUUCUGUUUCGCAGUCAGUGCAAUUCACCAUAUGUUUUGAGCGAUCCUUGUCUGCCGAUUCACCUGUAGAGCAAGCAAUGCAUACUUGUUCUAGUUUUAUUCGGGAAAGAUAUCGACAAAUAAAGCAAUGUUAUGUUGGAGAAAGGGGGCAACAGCUCCAAAGACAAGCUGCUCAACGUACAAUGACUUCAAAACCGAAUCCAAUUGUUGAAGUUCCUUAUUUGCUUGUUAAUGAUUAUACACCAAGUUUGGACGGAAAUGCUAUUAAUAAUGUUUGUCUUCCCCAUUUAAUACAAAAAUGGGUGAAUCUGAGAAAUGUUUAUUAA